UGCACAAAGGCAUAGAGUCCGGUGUUCUACAAACGCUUCGCGAGUCGGUUCGACCGGAUCUUUUAAAGGAUUCUGUUCAUAAGAACGAGUCGUUCAUGAAUCGGGCAUCACAAUCAGCGUCGUGUAACGGGAUCUGUGAUCCGGCAGGGCGAUGGCUCGGACCCUACACCGAAACAAAAUCAAGCUGGACACGGAAAGCCACUGCACUGCACUGUACCGUGUUUAAGUACGUUACCGACGGCGAGCGCGCGGGGGGGGGACGGCGGUCUGGUGACGUCAGAGGAGCGGCUGUCCUCUCAUUGUCUGCUGGUUUGUGUAUAAAUCAGAUGGGAGUCAGUCUGCUGUUACUGUAAGCUGUGAUCAGAAGACACGUGACUUUAUAACUGGAUUCCUGCGCUCAUAAACAACUAAAGUUUUGUAUUGUAUUUGCAUUGCAUACUGUCAGACCUAGUAUGCUGGUUGAUAUAUGUUGACAGAGUUGUGGCUGGGGGUCAGAUUGUGUCCAGACACCCCAGCCAUCCCGCCGGGGCCCGUAGCUCUGCUGGACCCAGAGGUCAGAAGGGGCCCAGAGGUUUCUAGGGGCCCACAGCAGUUUCUUAAUCGUGCUUUUAAGAAGGUCCCAGAAUUGCUAGCUUCGGCCGGAUUGUGGGCCGUCCAUGCCGGUGUCCUGCUGCGGGACCGUCCAUCACGGCUCCUCGCCGAGGAGGAUCAUCCACAAGAAGCCGGGAAUCAGGACUUGUCUGAGUCAGCCGUGCUCUUCUGUCGGGCUGAGAAUGCUGCGGACUGCUUUCAGUCUGGAGGGAGUCGAGGAGCGAGACGAGGAGCAGGAGGACGAAGGAGAAGAUCUGCGGGAUGGAGGGAUCCCGUUCAUUAUUAAUAGGGGGGGUCUGCCCAUAAACGAGGAGACCUGGGAGCAGAUGUGGCGGCACGUCGCCCGCAUCCACCCGGAUGGAGAAGCGGUGUCCAGGAGGAUACGGGGAACCAGAGACCUCCCCAAGAUUCCAGUACCAAGUGUGCCUACAUUCCAGCCCAACAGCAGUAUUCCCCAGCGCCUGGAAGCCAUACAGAGAUACAUCAGGGACUUGCAAUACAAUCACACUGGAACACAGUUUUUUGAGAUCAAGAAGAGCAGACCGCUCACAGCAUUGAUGGACAUUGCCAAGGAAAUGACAAGAGAAUCUCUACCAAUUAAAUGUCUGGAAGCCGUUAUCCUCGGAAUUUACCUCACCAACAGCAUGCCGAACGUUGAGCGGUUUCCUCUCAGCUUUAAAACGCAGUUCUCAGGGAGUCAUUUUCGUCACAUUGUGCUGGGCGUCCACAGCGGCGGUCGCUUUGGUGCUCUGGGCAUCAGCCGCCGCGAGGACCUGAUGUACAAACCGCUGGAGUACAAAACACUCACGGACCUCCUUCAAGAGUUCCAGGUGGCCUAUCGGAGAUACUGGCACACACUGUGCAAGGUCAAGAUCGGUCAUUACGUGUCACACGACCUACACAGCGUGGAGCAGAUUGAAUGGAAGCAUUCGGUGCUGGACGUGGACAAGCUGUCCAAAGAAGAGCUGAGGAAAGAGUUGGAGAGACACACUCGGGAUAUGAGGUUGAAGAUUGGUAAAGCUGCUCCUCCAUCACCGUCUAAAGACAGGAAGAAGGAUAUGGGAUCUCCUCUGAGGAACCCAGGCAGCCCGAUGCGCAAGAACAGCCAAAUCAACAGACGGUCGUCAGUGGAGAAGCGGUCCGGGCCGGCGGGGCCCGCGGCUGAUGUGAACGGAUACCAGAUCAGGGUCUGAGAGAUUCACAAGACAAAGACUGAAACACAGCCGUGAGAGGAUGAAGAUGUGUGUUCACUUGAAGUAGUAUCGUGCUACACAGAGAAUGGGUUCACUUAUAAGGGUAGACAUGAACACCUCCUCUAAUCAUUCAUUUAGUAGAAUAGCCACAUUAUGAACAAUGCAUCAUAUUUAUAUUCAUUUCAAUACUAUGCCUCAGCUGUUCAUUGUGCUGUGGGCAACUUUUCAUCUUUAAUCUGUAAAUACAGUGCAAGUUAACCUUUAACUCUACUAGACACUGAUGUAGAGGAUAGCCUGUAGUCCAUUUAUUGGUGCCUUUGAUCAGUUUUUGGACUGCAAUAAUGAUUUUCUGGCUCAGUAUUUUUGCCUUGUUUUCCAGUAUAGUCAUUUCUAAAUCAUUCAAGAUACUUUUCCUUUAGAGGCAAAACGACUUGAUUGAGUCUUGGAAAAAAAAAAAAAAAGUAUUUGCUCAAAACAAGAAAAAAAAAAAAGUGUCACUGGGGUCAAAUGUUUAUUUUUCUUGUUUUGAGCCUCUAGUAAAUGUAUCUUGAUUGAAGAAUGUUUAGAUCAUUUGAAUGGAAAAAUUUUCAUGCUCUAAUUUAAUCUAGCUUUCCCUUUGAAUGCAGUUUAUUUUUCUGAGCGUGCUGGCAAAUAUUUGUUCUUGUCUUAAACUCGCUUCAUUUUGAUGCAUUUUUCAGAAAACAAGACGCAUCUUGAUAUAUGAAUGUUUAGAUAUUUGCACUGGAAAACAAGACAAAAAUACAGAAGAAAAUCUUUUUUUUUUUUUUUGCAGUGUUGUUAUAACAUCUAUAAUAAUACGAGCAGUUCAUCCUCCCCAGCACGCUUUUUGCACUUAGCGACACUUACAGUAUUGAACUUUUCUUCAGUCAUCAGGUUUCACAAGCGAUUCCCAUCUGAACUACAACACAGCAAAUAUUUGGCUUUGAAAGAGCAAAAGCACUUGUGUUUGACUCUCACUGGUGAAUCUGGCUGGUGUUUCUGAUGGCUUCAGUACUGAUCAUGAUAUUAAUGGACAUGUAUGUAAAUGAUGUUGCAGAUCAGAAUAUACAGGGUUCAGUAGUUAUGAAUGCAGCCCCUGUUGGUUUUUAGUUUUUAACUCUUGAAAGAUUGGAUGCUCAAUUACACGCAUCCAAGUUUUUAAAGUCAACAUGAAAUUGACUUUAAUUCAUGUUCCUGCUAUUAACAAAAAAGAAUUAAUCAGUGCAUAACAUGCUACAGAAAUAAAUGUUUUGUCUUCAUUAUCUUUCAUGAAAAGAUAACUUGCUUCACCUCUGAAGUCACUUUCUUGAUUAACCAACUAUCACACACCGAUUCAUUUUCCUGUUGAAUACCUCAUAAUGUGUUGUGAGCAUCAUUUCAUGUUGACUUUAGGAGUAGCGUGAUGUAGACGUGCUGUUUGAGUAACAGUCUGUUUCAUUAGCAGAUGUUCUCCUACAGUAGACACAUAACAGUAAAAUGCACAAACACACACACACUUACACACUAAAGCCAAACGUGCUUGUUGUGAGACACUAUGAAGUGCACUAGUGUGAUUCCGAUGUGUGCAGAAGACACUAAUGCUGGUGCUGUUAAAUGUUCUUCAUUAGAACUGCAUCCUGCCACAUGAUUAACCAACUGUGUGUGAUUAACAGAUGUUGAUUUUUCACUUUGACGUCACAGCACUGAAUGUCAUUUAAACAAAUCACUGGUUCUUUUGUGACACUUGAAACUGAAAUGUACAAUAAAUUGCCUAUAAUUUGUUUUUGUCAAA